AUGUACCCUUCCUUGAACAAGUUCAACGCGGCUGGCCUGGCGCCAGAGCACUCGAUGAUUCUCCCAGAGCGCGAGAUGGUGGACGAUGAGGCAUCCAUUAUGCAAGGACUUGCGCAGAUUCACUCUCAAUCGGAUGAAGCGCUGGCGCAUGUGCUCGCUCCUGAAAUCAUUUAUACAGCACCGACGGGCGACGUGAUUGUCGGCAAAAAGGCUGUGUUGCAGCGUCUGCACACAGAUGCGGCCUCGCAUAUGGGUACUACACCUCGCCAGCGUCUUCUUCAGACGCCAGAGUCACUGCCUCCGCGCACCAUGGUAAUUGACCAACUGAGUGCCAACGGCACUCGCAGCCUCCUCGUGCUUAAACGUCGUGCCCAUGAUGGCCUCGUGUCGAGUCUUACCGAGGAGGAAGGCCACCGUAAGGCUACAGUGCCACUCGCUACGCGCGCUGGUAGCAACUUGCUCAACUCGCCCACAGACAUGAUGGUGUCGCCAUGCACUUCUAAACUCAAUUUGGCGAAGCGCCGUCAUUAUAUGAAGGCCAAGCCGACCAACCUUUUCGCUGGUAUGACGGCCCACCCUAUGUAA